UGUGCGUCACGUUGCUCGCUCUCAGACAGACUUGAUGCAGUUUGCCAUUAAAAUGUUUUUGGUGCUUUCAACCUUGCAAGUCUUACCCGAUUGAUGGUAGCACACACACAUAGAGAGACACGGUAUAACGAAUUAAAACGCCACGCCGACAAACGGACCGUCAACCCGGUGCGCUCCAGGAGCACAACGAAGCAGCGGUUACUUUGGAGGUUGUUUCCUACAAAGCUGUGUGUUCCUGUGGGCACGACAAGCAAGCUAACGUUCCUUCGUCAGGCCCGGACAGACAGCGGCGAGGAGGCCCCAAACCGCACUGGGAAACCGGGUGGAAAACCAUGGCUAACAUCGCAGUCCAGAGGAUAAAACGGGAAUUCAAGGAGGUGCUCAAAAGCGAAGAGACGAGCAAAAACCAGAUUAAGGUGGAUCUGGUGGACGAGAACUUCACAGAACUUAAAGGGGAGAUAGCAGGGCCACCUGACACACCGUACGAAGGGGGUCGAUACCAACUAGAAAUUAAAAUUCCAGAGACAUAUCCUUUCAAUCCACCCAAGGUACGGUUCAUCACAAAGAUCUGGCAUCCCAACAUCAGUUCAGUCACAGGUGCAAUAUGUUUGGACAUUCUCAAAGACCAGUGGGCUGCGGCCAUGACGCUGAGGACAGUCCUCUUGUCACUACAAGCUUUACUGGCAGCUGCAGAGCCAGAUGAUCCACAGGAUGCAGUGGUAGCCAAUCAGUACAAGCAGAACCCAGAGAUGUUCAAACAGACGGCGAGGCUCUGGUCUCAUGUCUACGCUGGCGCUCCCGUCUCCAGUCCAGAGUACACACGCAAAAUAGACGAACUUUGUGCCAUGGGCUUUGAAAAAAAUGCAGUAAUAGUGGCCUUGUCAUCAAAAUCCUGGGACGUGGAGUCGGCGACGGAGCUACUAAUCAGUAACUGAAUCUUGACGACAGCUUUUACAUCAUCCUCAUGCCACCCACCCUCCCUCACACACCCUUGUAUCACCGCCAUCUCUCAGCGUCUAUUUCCGCAUCACACCUUCUGUUUCACAGUGGACUCUGCCCCACCCGCACUCCCCCUCUGGUGUGCCACACACUCCAAUCAGUUGCUUGGCAGGUACAGAUCGCUGGCCCACUUGAAGGUCUUUCAACAUUCCGGACAGCGCUACAAUCAGAAGUCCGACCACUUAAGUCCCCGCCCUCUGACCCGGCCGCCACAUCUCUGACCCUCUACGACAGGCAUUCGUCACCUAUGCAGGCAUUCACAUUCAGUUUUGGAAAUGCUUUUUGUAAGCGAGAGUCAAACCAUUCAGACAGACUCUUUUGGACUUCCCUGGAGUCCCAAAGCAAAUGUCAUUUUUAAAUGUAGACAACGACAACCCAUAUACAUUAUCAUGCGCCACUAAUGGCAUUAGUGAGGGUAGCCUAGUGUAAAUAAAUUCCACAAAUCCAAUUUAAUUGUUGAGGCGAAGAAGACAGGACACAUGGAAAUAAUUCUGGUACACACACAAUGAAGGCUUAUUCCUUCUUUUAGAAUCCCACAUCAGUUCAAAGCACCCCCGUUUUCGUCACAUUCAUGUGACACUGUCUCAAUACAAGUUGAGAAAGUUAUGUCAUCCCCACCAAAAUACAUUUACAGUGUAAUUAUGCUCUUAUUUUGUUUGCUCUCUUCAGCGGUCUGACAUCCUCCCCACCGGUUCUUUACUUGAAUAAAACCACCAGUCUCUU